AUGCGUGCCCUUUCCCUUGCAAGCCUUAUUGGCAUUGCCAAUGCCGCCUGUCCGUACAUGACUGGCGAGCUUGAACGUCGUGAUGGAGGCAAUAGCGACGCGACCGCCGCCACCGAGGAAUUUCUGUCCCAAUUCUAUAUGGCUGACAAUGACACCUUCAUGACCUCCGACGUGGGCGGCCCCAUUGAAGAUCAGAACAGUCUACAAGUUGGAGAGCGCGGGCCGACCUUACUGGAGGACUUCAUUUUCCGCCAGAAGAUCCAGCGUUUCGACCACGAGCGUGUUCCCGAACGUGCUGUGCACGCCCGUGGUGUUGGUGCCCAUGGUGUCUUCACCUCGUACGGUGAUUAUUCCAACAUCACCGCUGCCUCGUUCCUUGGAGGCGAGGGCAAGGAGACCCCCGUUUUCGUGCGAUUCUCAACUGUCGCAGGGAGCCGUGGUAGUUCAGAUCUAGCUCGUGAUGUUCACGGCUUUGCGACUCGUUUCUAUACCGAUGAGGGUAACUUUG